AUGUUGGGGGACGCCAAGGAUUUUGCUGCGAUGCUGCAGUGGUCGGCCGCCUUCUGGGAUGCCGACCUCGAAGCGUUUUGGGACCCCUACCUCCGCAAGCCAAUCGGCAAUUCUCUCUGCGCGUUGGCCGCCAAAUUCGCCGACGCUGAGAAGGCGCAUCGCAUGGAACAUCAUGUGGCGGCGACCACUAAAAAGGCCAUGGUCGGCCCAGGCCGCGAGGAAGCACGCCGCAAUAAGAGGAACGAUCGUCAACGUCGCAAGCGCAAGCGCCAGCGAGAGAACGUGGAGAAGGACCCGCGCCCCUUGCUUGGGGGCAAAGGCCUGGCCCGAGUGGCCCAGGAAGACCUCGAAACCAUCCUGCGCAGCGGUAACCCGAGCUACGAUUACUGGAGACUGGCAGCGGCGGUUGUCGAGUCGGGCGCUUGGGACAGGCGACCUGGACUGGUUCGGUCCAAGGAUCGCGGCGGCGAACACUCCGACAGAUGCAUACAUGCAAGCCAUGUCUUUGGCCGACUGGAUCAGGGAAGCCAGCGAGGAUUAGUGAUCCAAUCAACCAAGGUUGAGGAACGCAACUAUCGUCGGCCCCGACGAUGCCAAGGUGUCCCUCGCCUCGUGCCACUCGCCCUUCAAGAGAAGGUGGACAAAGGAAAAACCCCGAUAAGGGGAAUCAUGAAGAAGACAGCGCCGUCGGGACAGGAGUCUCAAGCGGAAAGGGUGAAGAAGUUGAUAUUGAAACCGCCAAAGAACGUCGAAGCGCUACGGGCCAAUGCCAGGGUAACCGAUCGCACAGAAUCCUCCCAUCGAAACGACUCCUCCGAAACCGUCGCGGGACCGUCAAGUGAAUUGCCUUACGAGAUCAUUUACGACGGAGCGGCAUCGUCGGACGAUGAUGAAGAGAUGCAAGCAAUAGAGGAACAGGUGGGGAAGGCACAGGGGGGAGAAGGAUCGAGAUCGAAGCGCUCUCAGGGCAAGGGACAAGCAAACAUAACAGAGGGAACCAUCAAGGCCGCUCCGACAGUGGCAAAGAUUAAGGAGGAGGUCCAACCGAAGGUUCCUAAAGUGCCGGGGCCGAUACGGGCGCUGGAGGGAAAGGUGCGCGUGUCGAUAGCCGAUGUAUUGGACAGCACCAUCGUCGAAAUUCGGUGA